UUGUUGAUGGGUGAGCGCUGACGAGCGCCAUCAAUGGAGGCGGCGCUCGAACGAGAGCACUAAACUAAGUCUAGAGCAGCGCGGGACAGCGGGCAUGCACCUACUAAACACCUCCAGCUAAAACGUGGUUGCGAUGUCGCAUCUCUCUUCCAUUCCUUUCCCUGCCUGCCGCGUGAGCGAGUUGUGCCUGCCAGCCCACCUCUUGCCCGUCUGGCCCUCUGUCGCUUCUUCUGAUCGCACAAAAGGUGGCGCGUUCUGCGGGAUCUCAUGCGGCUCCUUGUCGUGCGCGCGUCGCCUAACGUUCCCUAGAAACGAUUCCUAUCAGCAAAGAUGGCGGACGAUUCGCGAGCCAAAACAUCUCCAACACCACGGCCGGCAAUCAUACCACCCAUGGUCGUGCAGCCGGGAGUAGAGAAGCUCGAUUCGCCUGUUUUAUUGACAGACGACAGCGAAUUUCCAAUCCCUAUGUUCACGAUGGCGAAGUUGGACCGAAGGAAACGGAGAAUGCCACAGUGCAUUGCUCACCGGGGCUACAAGGCCAGAUAUCCGGAGAACACAAUGCUGGCGUUCGAGAAGGCGCUCGAGGCUGGUGCGGCGGCUUUAGAGACCGAUGUGCACAUCACAAAAGAUCGUGUGGUGGUGCUGAGCCACGAUGCAACACUUAAGCGGUGUUUUGGUCAGAAAGACAAAGUCAUAGAGCGUACGUGGGACGAGAUCAAAGACCUGAGGACACUUGCCACACCACAUGAGCACAUGCCGAGAUUGGAGGACCUCCUUGACUAUCUUUCGCAACCCGGACUAGAGGAUAUCUGGGUGCUCCUGGACAUCAAGCUCGAUAACGAUGCAGACGAUAUCAUGCGCUUGAUUGGGACGACAAUAGCCGAAUCAGAUUCGUCGGCCAGUAAACCCUGGAAGCAGCGAGUGGUACUUGGUAUAUGGGCUGCGAAGUAUCUACCCCUGGCAGCAAAGUACUUGCCCGGAUUCUCGGUGAUGCACAUCGGGUUCAAAUUGUCGUAUGCGCGGCACUUUUUCGAUGUUCCGGACGUGGGAUUCAAUAUGCUCUUGCCCAUGUUAAUGGCGCCUGGUGGGGCAAAAUUUAUACGAGAUUGUCAAGAGGUGUAUCAUCGGCAGCUGCUUGCGUGGACCGUCAACGACAAGGACAGAAUGGCGUGGUGCAUACGAAGAAGACUUGAUGGAGUGAUCACGGAUGACCCGUCAAUGUUCGUAGAAGCCUGCGAGACGCACGAUGAGUACAGCAGGGAGCCUGCAAUACCAGUGGGCUUCCGGGCGUGCGUAGAGAUCCUGCGCGUGUACAUUAUGAUAUCGGCUCUGUUCUGGUUGUUCAGGCGUCGUCUGAAUCCGACGGCAAAUUCAGCAUUGAUAGAGAAAGCGCCACGGCGCGAAUAGAGAAGUCCCGGCGGGCGCUCGAUGGAUAUGACGCAUGGCUGCAUGGACGGCAUAGAUAGACCAUAAGAUCCAAGUGAUUCAUGACUGCAGACGCACACAUGUGGGAGUUUCGAAGAACUGGUAGCAGUCGGUCGGGUUUUGGUGUAGCAC